AUGAUUGCUGCUUAUGAACAGACUAAUGCUGAUCGGUCUGCCAUUAAGCUCUUCCGUAGAAUGCUAAUUGAAAAGGUAGAAUUUGAUUAUAUCACAAUGGUUAGUGUUAUAUCAGCUUGUGCUAAUUUAGGAGCACUCAAUACUGGGAAAUGGAUACAUAAGCUUGUGAGGAACAAAGGUCUUGAAACUAAUGUUUCAAUUACUAAUGCUUUAAUUGACACGUAUGCAAAAUGUGGAAACAUAGAUUUGGCAAGGGAUGCUUUCGACAAGUUGCCUCAUAAAAGUGUUGUGUCCUGGACUUCAAUUAUAGGGGCCUGUGCAUCUCAUGGGCAUGGGGACAAUGCUCUGAUGCUCUUCACAAAGAUGAAAGAUGAAGAAAUUUGGCCAAAUAGCUUCGCCAUUAUUUCUGUUUCAACAGCUUGUAGGCAUUCAGGUUUAGUAGAAGAAGGGAAGAAGCAUUUUGAGAGCAUGACAAAAGAUUACUCAUUCAGGACUGCUGUAGAGCAAAUUGGAAAUAGAUUUAAGAGACAAAGAAUUUGCAAUGAACAACCUGAAUGA